CCUCUGUCUCUUAAUGAUCAUUAAUGUGAACAGAAAGAGUAAUAGAUCUAUAAGCAAAAAUAUACGAUCUUUCUGAACGGCAUUUACUAUAUCACUCUACCAUAGUGUUUUUUUAAUCUAUUCAAAUCGAGGACUAAUCCUGGGUGAAAAGGAAACGAGGCAAGGGUACGAGUACUAACGGGGACGCGGCCGUGAUUCACUCGCUUACAGUCACAUGCCUAUACGUUCCGGUCAUGUGACUUGCGCGGUCGAAAAUGACCGCUGGACACAGCCAGCAGAAUGCAGCAGUGGUCUUGUUGUUCAUUCAUUUAUGUUUCUCUGGUGGUUAUCAACUGACUGAGUUACAGGUGGGCCUGUGUCAUCUCUGCAACGGGACGGUCCAGAACGGCACUGCCGUGAGCCAGUUCUGUUCCGCGUCUGCGGGUUUGAUUGAUGGCCGCUGCUGCCUGCUGGGAAAAGAGAACAUCAGGGAUGCGGACUACAUCAUCGGGUUGGACCUAUCAAACUGUUCCCUGAGCCAUGUGGAAGACCUUCAAGAUGCAUUCAGCGCUACAACAAUAGAUCUCUCACUGAACCCCAUUGUAAAUCUGGACGAUUCACUGUUUGAAGGCUUUAUCCAGUUGGCUAACCUGAUUCUGCCUGCCAACCUGGUCUGUCCAGGAGGCAAUGCAUCAUGGGAUAAGGUGAAGGUCAAAGGGGAAACUCAUUUUUGUGAAGGACAGAAAGACAUCUGUAACCAGACUGGUUCUUUGUCGUUGAACUGCCCCGAGAACUCCCUCUGUGUACCAUACGGUCCGGGCUUCUUUCAAUGUAGCUGCGCCGGUGCCUUCCGUGGAUACAAGUGUCUCCGAGAGGGAGAGUUUCCUAUAAUCCAGGUGUUCGUGCCUCUAGCGGGCUCCACGGUCCUGGUCUCCAUCCUGCUAUGGGUCACCCAAAGACGCAAGGCCAUAUCAGUCUGAGGUUGUACCCGGGCACCUGGUCUGAGGCCUAGUCCUAGGACAUUUUCAAGUGGUACUGACCUGAAAUAGCAGGGGAAAUCCUGAGUGGACUGUUGAUUGAAAUGGUCUCAGGGGUUAAUGUUAUAGUGCUGACAGUGGACUGUUGAUUGAAAUGGUCUCAGGGGUUAAUGUUAUAGUGCUGACUGUGGACUGUUGAUUGAAAUGGUCUCAGGGGUUAAUGUUAUAGUGCUGACUGUGGACUGUUGAUUGAAAUGGUCUCAGGGGUUAAUGUUAUAGUGCUGACUGUGGACUGUUGAUUGAAAUGGUCUCAGGGGUUAAU